UUUGGAAUGGUACACAAAAAAUAGUUCAAAUAAACUCCUUAUAUAAGGGAAAGGAGCACGUCCGAACGUCCCUUCGUUUAGAUUUUUGAUUCUAACACUUUUUAAAUGAAAAUUUCUUGCCUUUGUGUUAUAAAAUGAAUGAAAACUGAAAUUAGAACAUUCUAAAUCGACGUCAAAGUGUAAUCAUUGUGCAGGUUAUAUUUUGAAACUACUACAUUUUUAAAUUAAUAACAUGGAUGCAGGAGGUGACAGGCCUUUGUAUUCAUCUAACGUGGCUGUGAUACGGGAGAUUUACGAUAGCGAAUACGCUCCUCAAACCUUUGCUUUGGAAUUGGAACGCGCUUUGGAUGCCGAAUGUUCAAUUAUUGUGAUCGAACCUACACAGUUAGGUGAAGAGACGGCCCGUUGGAUUUAUAUGGGAAACUGUUUACAUAAAACUGCAGUUGUUUCCGGCUUAGGAGCAAUUCUUACAGGACUAAUAUGGUCAGAUAAACCUAUUGUGUGUGUUCCAUUUGGUGUCGUUUCCCUAUUAUGUACAGGAUUUUACACGAUAUCUUGGCAGUUUGACAACUGUGUUAAAUAUCAGGAGGAACGUGAUCCAAAAAGACUUUCUAAACUGCAGGUAGUAACUGCAAUGUCGGCAGCUUUACCAGUAGUAUUAGUACGAAAAGAUGAUACGAGAAGGAAAAUAGUACAUUGCACAGUGUCAUUAGCCGCCGCUGCGUUUUGCGCUUAUAAAUUAUACGAUACCCUAAAGUAAUAGCUCAAUAGCGUUCUUCCAAAACAUCUUUUUAGUAGCUGCAAUGACGGUUUAAAAAAUGCAUUUAUUUAUAGAUUUUUCAGCAAAAACACGUAGGUGGUUUUACAGAACUAACAAAUUGUAGUGAACAGAAAUGUGUUGCAACAUUGUUACUGUAAAUAGAUCGAGUUACAUGAAUAAAAAACAUUAAUUUUCAA